CGUGCUAUUUCUUUGAUUUUCUAGCCUGGUUAAAUUGCAUAAUGUAAAUUAUCUAUUUUCCGAAUCAAUAUAUAUGAUUAUCUUUUGUAAAAAAUAAAGACUUAACUCUCUCUCCCUCCCUUUUCAUCUUCUUCUCCUUCUCCUUCUUAGACUAACUCCAACCCUUGCUUGCAAAUUUGGAGAAAGUGAAUAUUUUGUCUUUUUUCAUCUCCAACCCAUCAAAAAUUUAGCUUCCAAAUUUGGAGAUGGGAGUGUUGGGGUGGAUAGGUAGCAGCUGGAAGGGAGAAAGGGGGCAAAUAUAGCAGCCGGAAGGGGGACCACGCGUGCGGCCCAGGCGCGCCUCCCGCGGUUGGGCCUCGCCUGCACGCGUGGUCCCCCUCUGCUGCUGGCUUUUUUUUUCCUUCAAUUUUCAAUUUGUUUGGGUGGUUAUUUGUGUGGGUGUGUUUGCGUUUUAGUUUGAAAUGGGUAAUAUAGUGACAAUAAAACGGUCACAUUGCAACGGACAAAUUUUAACGGCUACAAAAAGUAACGGCUACAAAAAAAAUGACUAAUUUUGAAGAAAAAAAAAUUAUCUCGGAAUUAAAAAAAAUUACAUCGAAAAAUUUGUUUUCACAAGUAAUAACAAACUAUAAAAAAAUUAAAGUGAAUUACAAGAAUGAUAUUGUAAAUAAGUAUGGAUUAUGGAAAUUAAAUCAAAAAAAGAUGUGGGAAGCUAAAUUUAGAAGCCUAUAGGGUUGGAGCAAAAAGGUGUUUUGGGGAGGCAAAUAUGCACAUUUGAGAGCUUGGGAGGCUAAAUAUAGCUUUUUGUGUUGGAGUUAGUCUUAGUGGAUUCUCUUCCCAUUUUGGCCGCCUCUCUCUCUAUCUUUCUACGACCACCAGACAUCUCUCUCCCGUUCUCAUCACCGGCAUUUCUCCUCUAAUCGUGUCUCUCUCCCUUUACUCUCUCAGUCUUUGCAUUAUUGAUAAUAUGUAGUGUCAAUUUCUAUAUGAUCUUAAAAUAUAUUACGAUGUUAAUCUAUUAUUUCAAUUUUAGAUUUGGUCGCGAUAUUACAUAAAGUAUCAUUUUUUAUUGCAUUGACAGAAUGUAUGGAUAACAACUAGUAAGCCGAUGUCGAUCCAGCAUAUUCCAUAUACUAAUGAGGAGGGUGGCGUAGGGUGAACUUGCCCUGCCUAUAGAUAAGUGAUGAACAAACUUGUAAGCCAGCUAUACAUUGCAGUUGCAGGUCAGCUAUAUAUACACUGUAUCAAUGUGACCCUGUGUUCCACCGUCUAUCACUCUAUAUCAUAACGACUAAUCUUAUGUCUAUAUCAUAACUAGGGGUGGCUAUACGGUCCGGUCCGGUUAAAUUGGACCAAAUUGAUCUGGUCCCAGUCCGUUUUUUUCGGGAAUAUAAGGACCAAAGAUUGGAUUGGAUACACUCCGGUUUUGUUCCGGUCCGGUCCCAAUUUAAUUUUGAUUUUAGAUUGAGUUUGUGGGGAUUUGAGUGUUGGGUCUCUUAUCCGGUCUUUAUCCAGGUUUUUUACCUCAAAUCUAAGCCCGAAUAUGAGAUUAGAUUGUUUGCUAUCCGGUCCCAAUCCGGUCCCAGUCCGAGUUAUACGGUCCGAUUUCGGGUAAAACCAAACAGUCCUGGACCAAAUUGCCAGCCCUAAUCAUAACGACCACUCUUUAGAUGCAUUUAUUUUUUAUUCUCGUAUACCGUUUUUUUUUUGCCAUAGAUAGGGAAUGAAAUAGAUAUUACAGGACGCUAGAAAACCAGACGCGACAGUCGACACAAUAUCGAGCUGUCGAUGAAAGGGCAUUAGAAGCCACUAAGUGGGCAGCCCUGUUGUACAACCUCUGCGUAAAAGUACAAAUAAAGAAAUUAAAAGACACAGACGCCAAACAAAUCUCUUCCAAGAUCGCUCCACUUGUCGCAUGCGCCACAUCACUAGAUUGAAUCAUAAUGGAUGUAUACUUGUAUGGUCAAGGGAAAACUACGUGCCCCUGCAAAAACAAACAAACACACAAGCGCCCAUAGAGGAGGACCACUAAGCUCCACCGAAUGGACUUAAACAAGCCAUUGAGGCUUAGUCAGAUACUCCGAAUCAAAAGCUAACAAGGUCAAAAGAAAAACAUUUUUUAUUACUUUUUUUUUACAAUAAAGUUAAUGAAAAGUUUAUAAAUACGAGCAGUUAAUGAAAAUAAAUUAAAAGAUUUUAGAAUUAUAAUUCUGGAAAUAAAUAUUAAAAUUAGGGAGGAAAGAGAAAGAACAAGCGUAUCUGAAACGGAUCGUAGUUGGAAUCGCCUCUCGAUUUGUAACCGAUGCUCUGGAAUAGUAACCGUCGGACCCCAAAACUGAAGCCUCCUAAAGUGUAACUGCCGGCCGUCGGGAUUCGCAUCGUCGGAAGCAAACUUGGGGACGCCGGCGUAAAGAUCGUCGCCUUGCGGGUGGUUGAUGAUGGUCCCGGGCCUGGGAUUAAGCUCGCUGUUAGCGAUAUCGUCGAACAUGAACACCACAAUUUAGUAUUUACAUUUUGUAACUUGUAUUGUUAUUUAAAAAAAACAAAAUUUCAUGAAUUAUUGCUCGAGACUCGAGAGUUGAGACUUGAGAGGCUCAUCAUUCAUGGGCUAGGGGAAAGCCCAUUGGGUUCUUCUGGAGUUGUUAAUCCAAUAUAUCUACCGACAAGACCUUUCCAUUAUCUCGACAGUCAGCCCGAACCAGCUUUCUCUCAACCGCAAGUAAUCCUUCGUACUUUUCAAAAAAAAAAAAAGUAAUCCUUCGUGGAGUCAUACCAUUGGGUCGCGCACAUCACGACGAAAUAUCUCCACCACCGCGACGCGGCCGCGGAAAAAAGAAACUUAAAAAGCACAAACGUAUAAUAGCGAGCAGAGCACCGCCCCCCGACCAAGCGGAAACGAACUCAGUCGACUUCGACACAGUUGCUCCUCCGCGUCUUUGUUCUUUCUUCUUCCUUCAUAUUCAAGCCUCUAGUCUGGCCGGAGUGUUGAGAUCACUUUUCCAUUCGACGUUUCUGCACACACAAACAGAAAGAGUAAAGCAGAAAAGGAAACUAUUCCGACGCCUGCGCAUGAAUGGAGAAGACCGCCAUGGCCGCCGCUGUUUGGAUGCUCCCAUUGCUACUGGUGCUACUUCAGUUCACUGAAGCUGCUCAAGAAGGUUUCGACGUUCGCCAGCAUCUCUCCACCGUAUCCAGAUACGGUGCUGUCAAAGAUGUCAUCGUCAACAAUACCUUUGUUCCGUCCAAUGCGGUUGAUGGCUGCACUGCAAUUCACUUGAACCUAGUGGCAAGACACGGGACUCGUUCGCCAACCAAGAAGCGAAUGAGAGAGUUAGACAGGUUGGCUUCUCAUCUAAAAGAGCUGAUAAGUCAUGCUGAACAUAAGAAGUUGUCGUUGGAAAAGCUUCCUGCCUGGAUGCGGAGUUGGGAGUCGCCAUGGAAAGGUAAACUGAAAGGUGGAGAGUUGAUUAGUCAAGGAGAAGAGGAAUUGUAUGAUCUUGGGAUGAGGACUAGAGAAAGGUUCCCACAGUUGUUCGAGGAGCCAUACCAUCCGGAUGUUUAUGUGAUCAAGGCUACACAAGUUCCUCGGGCAUCAGCUAGUGCUGUGGCAUUUGGUAUGGGGCUAUUGACCGGGAAAGGGAAACUUGGACCAGCAAAACAAAAAGCCUUUGCGGUUACCAGUGAAAGUCGUGCAAGUGAUUUGAUGCUUAGGUUUUUUGAUAGUUGUCAAAGCUACAAGGUCUAUAGGAAAAACAAGGAACCCGCUGUUGGCGAGCUGAAGGAACCUGUCUUGGAUAAAAUUACUGCUGCCUUAGUAAGCCGUUACGGUUUAGAAUUCACUCGACAGGAUGCUUCUUCUCUCUGGUUUCUUUGUAAACAGGAAGCUUCCUUGUUGGACGUUACAGAUCAAGCUUGUGGGCUUUUUAACCCUUCAGAGAUUGAAUUGUUGGAGUGGACGGAUGACUUGGAGGUGUUCAUGCUGAAGGGUUAUGGUAACUCAAUAAACUAUAAGAUGGGAGUGCCAUUGCUCGAGGACAUUGUGCAAUCCAUGGAGCAAGCUAUUAAGUCACAUGAAGAGAAACUGCCUCCUGGAAGUUAUGAAAAGGCAAGAUUGAGAUUCGCACAUGCCGAGACUGUGGUUCCUUUUUCAUGUCUGCUUGGGCUUUUCCUUGAAGGACCUGAAUUUGGAAAGAUACAGAAGGAGCAACCUCUAGAUCUCCCUCCCAUGCCUCCAAAGAAAAGCAACACGAGAGGCAGUGCCGUGGCACCUUUUGCUGGGAAUAACAUGUUGGUCCUACACAGUUGCCCGGCAACCUCUUCUUCUAGCAAGUACUAUAUCCAAGUCCUCCACAACGAGCGUCCCAUCCCAAUGCCAGGUUGUGGUGGUUCUGACGUAUGCCCAUUUGAAGAGUUUAAGGAGAGGAUAGUCAAUCCUCAUCUGAAACACGACUACAAUGCACUCUGUGCUGUCAAACCAGAACCACUGAACGAGAGAUCCGUGACCAGCAAGUUAUCAAUACCGUUCCGUUGGCUCUUUGGGUGGGGAAGAGAUGAUGAUAUGGAUGAACUGUAAUUUAUCUGUCAAGAAGCCAGUAGAGGAAGAAAGAGAAGAGAAGUUUCUUGUGUUCUGGUAGAGUUCCACUACACGCUGCUGCCAUCAAGGGAUAUUAUGGGCUGACUGACAGUCUCACUCUUGCUUCUGAUGGCACUCUUUUCGUCACGCUGCCUGAUCAUCUCACGUUCCUCCAUUGAAGAAGAAGCACUGAUUGUAGGUCAGAUUUUGGUACAUCCCUAGUUAUGUUUGUUGUGGAAGUUGGAAUCUCCAGUUCCUUUUGAAAACUUUUUUGUAGUCUUCGCAAUGAAGCGUGGCUUCACGAGAAAACCAAAUGCAAGUUCUUGUGCUCUGUCAAUCGUUAGUCGUUAACGAUCCAUCUCCAGGCGACCAACCUUGGGAUGAGUGGACUUUCUAUCACACGACACGAGUCCGAUUUUGCCUUUCAUUUCUUCUCCCUCUACAGUCUACACCCUCGUGAUGUUCCACAAUUCUCCGUGUGAGUGGCCAAGCGCUCCUACAAUGGGCAGGUUCGGGCGAGUAUUUCGAUACUCAUACCAGUCCCGUGGCAGGUCGGGUAUAGGUCAGGUAAUCCAUCACAGAAUGCAGGAUAGGGCAGGUCAACCCAUAUGGGUAUGAAGUUUGAAAGAAAAAUAUUAAAAAUAU